UCCAAAGCAGUGCUUCAGUCUGCUCACCCUGUGCACUGAUGUAGAGUGAGGCUUCAUUAAGACUGGAAAGAGUGGCUCCCUUUUUUCACUCUGAUUUGAUUUAGGUUGGACUCCUUAUGUAAUGUAGAUUUUAUAUAACAAUGGCUUGAAAAUAUAUGUCAGAGGGACACCAUGGGCAAUGCAACGCAGAGCGUUUAUUAGUCGUUGAGGGACACACUCACACAGACACAGAGGCGUGCACACCCUCACUCUGUAGCUCCUGCAGAGAUCUUCCUGCUUUGGCAAUGCUGAGUCUGACUAACAACGAUGCAGUUCUGCAGAAAGGUGCUUUGCCAGCCGUGUAGUGCCAGAGUCACUUCACCAGAGGAGGACAUGGAAUACAAGAUGGGGAGCUGCAUCGGAAUCCCACACGGCAAGAGACUCCCUCGUGUAGCUCACUGGUAUCCUUCACCGUUCCUGCAGGCUGAAGCUCGAGCCGAGAGUUCGACUCAGAGGGACGACGGAGCGCUACUGACCGAGGUUUCCACCAGCCAGCACAGCCUGCUGUCUCAGCCCGUGCUGCCAGACAUCCCAGUCAUCACCGGGGUGGAGGAGAGCCGAGGCACGGCCGCAGACCAGGAGGACAAGGAGGAGCUUGAGUUUCCUCACGACCUGCUGCCCAGUUUAGAUUUCAGCAGCGAGCUCAACAUCUGGGAGUCCUCACUGGGACCCUUUCCAUCUCUGGAGUCUCCUCAACAAGAGUUUCUCACUCCGACUGAGGAGAUAGCAGCUCCCGUGAGACAGGAGAAGACCCCACCACCAGAACUAGCAGCGGAGGAGACAGCAGAGAUCCCACCUGUGAAUCUUGUGAAGAAGCCAGUAGACCUUCCCAGACCUUUAAAAAAGGCAGGAGAUCUCCUAGAAUCAGCACAUGAGAUAGCAGAGCUUUCCAAACCACCGCAGAGUAUAAAAGUAGAAGAAGAAGAAACGACAAAGGCAGAGCUUCCAGAAGCAGCCAAGAAAGAAGAAGAAGAGCAUCCAGAUGAGGUUCAAGAACCAAAAAGGAAGCAAGUUACUUCAACAGAAGUAGUGAAUGAGGAACAGGCAAGAGAAAGGACAGAUGAGAUCCCAGAACCAACAGCUAAUGAUAGUGAGCUCGUAGAACCAGCAAAGUAUGAAGAACCAGAAACAACAAAGCCGACUACAGAGUCCCCACAGUCAGAGGAGAAGCCGGUCAGCGAGCUGCCAGUGGAGCUAGUGGAAAAACCUUUAGACAUCCAGCCCGUGGAGCCAGCUGAAGUCCUAGCUGAGGAAACUGCAGCGACAGAGGCUGUUCAGGAUCCGGCUGCAGAGCUACGGGACAGUGGGCCCUCCCUCGGUGACAAAGUAGAGAGCGGUCACCUGGCCCCCGCCUCUCCUCAACCACUACCCUCCGAUCACCACCUCCUUCCUACUCACUUCCGAGACACCGCAGAGUUCCCUACCUCCGUCCCCACACUUCCAGAGGGUCACACACUUGAAGCCCUACCGACCCCGCCUGCAUCCCCCUGUCCUCCUCACCCAGCCCCUGCCUCCCCUCCUGCAUCUUCUGCUGACCCCUGUGAGGAUGUUUACCCCGCUUCUGCACCCUGCCAUAUCCCUUUAAGGAGCUCAGACUCUGAUGGCGCUUUUGAGACCCCUGAAUCUACAACUCCAGUGAAGGCUGUUUCUCCAGCUGAGCCUCAGAUAAAGCAAACAACAUCUGACGAGAAAGUAGAAGACACCUCAAUCACUGAUCCUACAUCUGACUUCACUGCAGCCGAACUACCAUGCCAUUCUGCGUCAAAUACUUUUGAUGAAAACAAGCCCAUCGCUGCCAGUGGUACAUAUAACAUUGACUUUUUUGCUGCAGAAUCAACGACUCACACUCUAACCCGUUCUCUGAGCCUCCAGGGAGGAGAACUAGAUAGUUCUGCUCUGUUGGACGGAUCACCUUCAGGAGGUUUCCGUCCACACUCCGAGUCUUUCAGUGUAGGCACUGAGAGUGCCCCAGGGACACUCCGCAGGCCCAAGAAAGGUCGUCCUGGGUCUGUAAAGAAAAAGCCUCUUCUCAGACAGAACUCUAACCCAGAGAGCCCAAGGCCAGACUCAUCCAGCAGCACCCCAGAAAUUAAGAAGCGGGCGAAACCUCGAACAGCCAGCCCUCUCCAGGCUCAGGAGGAAACUGAAGGAGGCUCUGCAACACCGAGUCCUGGAGGAACGCAGCGAAAAGCCAGAAAGACCCGUGUUGAGACUCCUCCUCCCCUGCCAGAGGAGACGACCAAUCAUACCACCCAAGAGGAGAGCCUUAUUGUUGCUGCCUUACCUUUAUGCCAGGAGGAGAUACCCCUCCCUGAAAGUCAAGCAGACAAAGAAGAAACCCCCAUCCCUCCCAGUGGCUCCUACAAAUGGGAUCCAGACAACUUUGAGAACAUCAACCCCUUUAAAACCGGAGGUAGUAAAAUUGCCAAUUCCCCUGUUUUGGGUCGUAAGGAGCCUGUGUGUGCCCCCAUUUCCACCCCUCUAGAGAGUCCCCCCGUCCCAUCUGAGGAACCACAUCACCCCAGUCCACCCGCUCCUAUUAGAGAGCCAGUCACGAAUCCUGAGGAGCAGCCCAUUAUACCCAAGCGUCAGUCACUAAGACUGGAGUUUGACUACUCCGAGGAGAGUGGUGAGGCAUCACAUCAGGCCUCUCCUCCACCUAAGAAGCUAGGCAAGAAGCCAGGUGCCAAGAUGCCUCUGAGGAAACCAAAGCUGGGGCUGAAAAAGGCGCCUCCAGCACAGACAGAGCAGCUGGACAACAUUCCUCCGGCAACUCACAACAGCAACGAGGAUGAAAUCCCGGCAACUAAAGCAUCUUACACCUUUGAACUCGACAAGUAUGAAGAUCCAAACUUGAAUCCAUUUACUUCAAGGAAAAGUAUCACCAACUCCCCCAAACUUUCCAGGCCGCCUUAUAACUUUGAUGACUCCAUAGACCCUUUCAAAAGCUCCAACAAGUUGACCAAUUCCCCUCCUAAGACUUCUGCCUCAUUUGAACUGUCAUCCAAUGACAAUGAUAAUGAAAAUGACAAUGACAACCUCGGGGAAUUAGAGGACCAGAACCAGAACAAACCUGCCAAGAAGAAGAAAACUCCCAUCAAAUCUAAUACUUUCAGAGUGAAGAGGUCGCCAAAGAAAUCACCCUUAUCUGACCCAUCACAGGAUCUUAUACCCGCAGAUGAACCUUCCUCCCUUCACCAGCAGGAUGACCAUGCCACAGAUGAGGAGAAACUAGCCUCCUCCACCAGUCAUAAGUGGGCAGCCCUGCACGACAUGGAUGGAGAUUUAAACUCUGACCAGCAAGACUUUCCCCAACCGUGCGACCUUACAUCCUUUGUUAAUGAGAACAGUCUUCCUAAGGAGACUCCAGUACAAGACUAUGAAAUUGAGUACAUGGAGAAGAUUGGCUCCUCUUCCCCACCUCCGUCUGCAAAGAAGCCAUCUUUGUACUUGAAGUUGGACUCAGUAUCUGACAACUUAACCAAAAAUACAUGUGCGCAUGGAUCUGAACCCAGCUCCCCCUGCACAGGGAGUUUUGAAGAGAUGGAGGCCCAGAUUACAGCAGGUAUGAAGACACCGGUGCUCAGCUCCCGGCCUGGCCCCGAGGGCUCUGCUGCAGACAAGGGCAGGAAGAGAGAAAGCGAGGUGCUCAGUCGAACACAGAGCACCGAGAUGGAGGAGCAGCCCCCUAGCCAGGGCCCCGUGGAGGCACUUGCGCCAGCCCUGGCCAUGCCCCUGUUAGACAGGCUGUCUGAGUGUGACGACCCCCUGCAGUACCUGGAGCCUGACCUGGCUGAGACCAACCCCACAGCAUUCGCCCAAAAACUGCAGGAGGAGCUGGUGCUUGCUGCCCUGAGGAUAGAGGCUCUGCAGGUAGCCAAAAACAUCUCUCAGUGCCCCUCCCUCUCCACUGUAACCCCCCAGUCUCGUCUCAAGAAACCCAGUACUCGCCGGUGGAAUAUCAACGGUUCACCCUUACUCAAAGUUGCAACGGACACUUGGAGAUGCAUUUGGCACAGAGACGUGUCAUCUUCUCUAGAGAGUGGCGUGUCCAAGAACUCGCUCUACUCCAGGACCACGGCCAGCUACAUCGAAGGGGAGAGUCCCCACUUGCCCAGAGAACUGGACCACUCUUUGGGAAUUGCACGAGAGGAGAUUGUGACAAAGGAGAAAGAAGUGCUGGAGUGGCAGAGGAAGUAUGAAGCCAGUCGACAGGAAGUGGUGGAGAUGAGGAGAAUUGUAGCUGAGUAUGAGAAGACGAUUGCCCAGAUGAUAGGCAUGCCAGAGGAUGACCAGAAAGAGAAAUCUCUUUCCCAUCACACCAUCCAGCAGCUCAUCAUGGAGAAGGACCAGGCACUGGCCGACCUUAACUCUGUGGAGAAGUCUCUUGCCGAUCUCUUCCGUCGUUAUGAGAAGAUGAAAGAUGUGCUGGAGGGCUUUCGCAAAAAUGAAGAGGUAUUGAAGAAAUGCGCUCAGGAGUAUCUUUCAAGGGUUCGCAAGGAGGAACAGCGAUAUCAAGCCCUGAAAAUUCAUGCAGAGGAGAAACUAGACCGGGCCAACACAGAGAUAGCUCAGGUGCGGGCCAAGGCCAAGCAGGAGCAAGCUGCCUCUCAGGCCAGUCUGAGGAAGGAGCAGAUGAAGGUGGACUCUCUGGAACGCACUUUAGAGCAGAAGAAUAAAGAGAUCGAGGAGUUAACAAAGAUCUGUGAUGAACUAAUUGCUAAGAUGGGGAAGAGUUAGCAGGCCACAUCACAAUGAAGCCAAGCAGAAAAUGAAGAGAAGCACUCCUUCUCAAAUUGAUGGACCUCUAAGACCAAAGUGGUCUUGGGGUUGUAUUUCCUACUGACCAUGUGUAUACAUCAUCCACAGGAUUGGCUUCCUCCUAAUUACUCUGUAUAUUUUUGAUGUUUCAGUGUAUCGUACUGUAUCAGGGGGUCUGCUUUCAAGUUUUAUCAUAUCACUAAUGAGUAUGCCUGUGUGCGCGAGUGCGUGUAUGAUAAUGAGAAAGUGCAAGCAUUGUUUAUGGGUUAAAUUAUCUAUUAUGAUGUUGCCAUGACAGCCACUGAGGGAGAAGACUGUUUACCCACUCCUGUUAUUGUCUCCUCUUAAUAAAGAGAAAGAUAGACUUUGAAGAUGAGAACCAGAUUGUUAGAGUUAUCCAUAAAAUGGUGAUGCACCACUAAGAGAAUACAAGCGAUCACUAUAGAUUCUUGCAUGUGAGAGAUAAAGAAGAACUUGUAAUGUUAAUGUUUGUAUAUACUGUAGGAAACAACAAGACUUGUGCAUUUUUGAUAGUUAUUCUGUUGUCUUCAGCCACUCCCCUCACAUAACAUUGUAGAUAUUUGUCAUACUUGUCAUAGCUUUUUUGAUGAAAUUGUGGAACUUUAUUUUUGGGAUUUUAUUUUGAUAAAAAGCAAACUAAUUGUGACUGUGUUCAGUUGUGACCAGAAGUAAUUUAAUUUUGGAUGAACCUGUCCUAGUCCUGCAAUGGUUGUUUGUCACACUGAGGAAUAACUUCUCUGCACAGCUACUGUACAGCAUCUGCUUACAAAGUGCAAUAAAAGAUGGCAAUACAGCA